AUGGAUGUCCUCCAGAAAUCCGUCCUGGAUCCUCUCCAGCCCGUCCUUCGCCCGAUCGUCUCGGCCGUACCCGAACCCGUGCACGAUGCGAUCAUCUCGCUGAUCGGCCAGUCCUGCCACAACGCCUUGGUGGUCGAUCUCGACAUCAGCAAGGACCCCGCCUGUACCUCGCUGGCCAUUUCGAAGGCGCUGGGCAUCGCCAUCGUCGGCGCCAGCGCCAUCGUCAAGGUGCCCCAGAUCCUGAAGCUGAUCAACUCGCGCUCGUCCGCCGGCGUCUCCUUCGUCUCGUAUGCGCUGGAGACGGCCAGCCUGCUCAUCACGCUGUCGUACAGCGUGCGCAACAACUUCCCCUUCAGCACCUUCGGCGAGUCAGCCUUGAUCGCCGUGCAGGAUGUGGUGGUCGGGGUCCUGGUGCUGGUGUUUGCGGGCCGAUCCGCGGCCGCGGCGGCGUUCGUGGCGGUCGUCGCCGCCAGUGUGUAUACCUUGCUUUUCGACCAGACCCUCGUGGAUGCGAAGACGAUGUCCCUGCUACAGGCCGGUGCGGGCGCGCUGGGUGUGGCCAGCAAGGCGCCCCAGAUUUUUACGAUUUGGAGUGAGGGUGGCACUGGCCAGUUGAGUGCAUUUGCCGUCUUCAACUACCUCGCCGGUUCUCUGUCGCGCAUUUUCACGACUCUGCAAGAGGUGGACGACAAGCUGAUCCUGUACGGAUUCAUUGCCGGAUUCUCGCUGAACCUGAUCCUCGCGGCUCAGAUGUUGUACUACUGGAACAGCCCGGCCAAGUCGCAGGUCAAGAAGCAGACCAAGGGCAAGCCUAUUGCCAGCGCCAGCGCCAGCGCCGCGGGCGUCUCGACCCCGAAGCCCAGCGCCACCAGCUCGGGCAUUUCCUCGCCCAAGCCAUCCGGCAAGACUCCCACUACCCGGCGACGCGGUUGA